AUGACAGCCACCGUCACUAAUCUGCAAAAUGAAACUUUUUACAAUUUCAAGACGACUUUGGGGGCUUUUAACUAUGAUGAAGGAUCUAGCAUCGGAUCGGGAUGGUGUAAGCAGGGUGAAUUACCGGAUCUGGCAGACGACCUAUUUAGGGGGAAGGAUGGGGAUAAUUCCUACCAUAAGAAAAAUACGGUUGAUUGGGAAAUCGAUUUUUAUGAUGAUUUUUCGGGUUCGGGAGAUUCCCCCACGGCUUCACAUCGGUCUAUGUACAGAUGCCUCGCGGAUGUUGACGAUGAUGGGGGACGAAGGAUUCUCACAGGGGUUCCGGAGCGCUACCUAAAUUCCAAGCCUUGCAAGGGUAGGCUUGAAUAUAGGAACAUAUCCACAUUAACUCCGCCGUGGGGGUUUCACUCUGGAGAUAACUCGCAGUUUUGUAUACCCACGCCGUCCAAAAGCAAUACCUCUUCUCGAAAGCCCGCGGUAGACGAUGUAUCAACCUCAAUCGCUGCCGAAAGCUACGAUAGUGGACCGCCGUCGCCUGGCUAUGACAAACCUAGAGGCAAAGGUGGAGGUCUUUUGACAACACAGGCCCCUGUGUACGACAGAGUCCUUGUAUCAGACGGCCAAGCUUUUUUGGAAAAAGAUGCCGCAAGGGAGCUUCAAAACCAAAAUCAGCUAUUUGAAUCUAUAUUAAAUAACGGAAUCUCGUCGGGGCAGGAUAUUGACGGGUUGAAGAUUGGGCCCCAGGCCAAGGAAGAUUCGUCGGAUCUCAUGAAGGCUAACGCUAAGUCUGGAUUGGCAAUUGCUAAAGUAGAAGUAAUACCUGGACGUGCCCCUGCCUCUACGAGGGAGCCAAGAACACCCUCUUACCGCUGUGCGACACAGUCGAGAUCUAUCAGCAGUGUGUUCGUCAACGUCAGGGAUCAGGGCUGCAUCCACCGGUGGGCACCGGGGUCCAUAAUCACAUACAAUGUGAAUUAUCGGAGUUUCUUCACUCCUUCCGACGCAACGCAUGCUAUCAAGUGCAUCGAGGAAGCAGCCAAGUUAUGGAAUGAAAGACUUAAGCCAAAGGCUGUACAGUUUCAGAGGGUUCCGGACGAUAAGCCAGCUGUGUUCCAAGUCAUGUUCGAACGCUGGAGCCCAGGCAAACAAUCAGAGCUAGCGAGAGCAUUCUUUCCAGGAGACGUGCCUGAAGAACAGUUUUUGAAGGUAUACUCGCCGUCUUUCAACAAGGAAGAGGGGAACUAUGACUACUUGGCGAAUGUUUUCUGCCACGAACUUGGUCACGUUCUUGGUCUACGACAUGAAUUCGCUCAAGCAUCCCCUGAGGAGAAACAAGAACCGUCGCUACUGUUGGGGGAACGUAAUAGGCUAUCGAUCAUGAACUAUCACGACCACCCAAGGAUGAUGCAGAUACAGGAGUCUGAUGGCGACGGUGUGAGGCGACUCUACGAGGCUCGGGGUAAUGACUUCAACGGACAUAGGAUCAUCGACGAAACUCCGAGACAUUUUACGCCACCGUCGUGGUGGGCUGGCGGCGCCGUUUCCCCGCUCCCCGGCCCUCACCAGAGUUCUUCUCUACUUUGUAGCUCAAAGGCAUUCUCGACGAAGGUAACAAGCCGGCAGAAAGCGGCAUUUGGUGGGAAUGGAGUUAUGUGUAUGUGCCAGUGUCUGGCUCAACAGACACAAGUCACAUCGGUUUAUUCAUGA